GAAGAGAAGCCGAAAUCCGUGCGAAUCGAUGGGUCCCACCUUUCCGCUGCUGCAGCAGCUGUAGGUCAUUCUUCGCAGAGAUGGUUGCGGUACUACUCUUGCUCAUCCCUCUCCCCUUUCUCCUGUACAUCGCUGCACCCCAAAUCAGGAAAAUGCUGACCAGUGGAGUAUGUACAUCAUCUGUCCAGCUUCCUGGGAAAGUAGCUGUGGUCACUGGAGCCAACACAGGCAUUGGGAAGGAGACAGCCAAAGAGCUGGCUCAGAGAGGAGCCCGAGUAUAUUUAGCUUGCCGGGAUGUACAAAAGGGGGAAUUGGUGGCCAAAGAAAUCCAGACCAAGACAGGGAACCAGCAGGUGUUGGUGCGAAAACUGGACCUUGCUGAUACUAAAUCUAUUCGAGCCUUUGCUAAGGGCUUCUUAGAAGAAGAAAAGCAGCUUCACAUUUUGAUCAACAAUGCAGGACUGAUGAUGUGUCCCUACUCCAAGACAGCAGAUGGCUUUGAGAUGCACAUGGGAGUCAACCACUUGGGUCACUUUCUCCUGACCCACCUGCUGCUAGAGAAAUUGAAGGAAUCAGCCCCAUCAAGAGUAGUGAAUGUGUCUUCCUUAGCACAUUACCUAGGAAGGAUCCACUUCCAUGACCUACAGAGCGAGAAAUUCUAUGAAGCCGGUUUGGCGUACUGUAACAGCAAGUUGGCCAACAUUCUCUUCACCCAGGAACUAGCCCGGAGGCUAAAAGGCUCUGGCGUUACAACGUAUUCUGUACACCCUGGCACAGUCAAAUCUGAAUUGCCUCGAUACUCAACUUUCAUGACGUGGAUGUGGUGGCUUUUCUUCUUCUUUUUGAAGACCCCUCAGCAGGGGGCCCAGACCAGCCUGUACUGUGCUUUAACAGAAGGCCUUGAGAUUCUGAGUGGGAAACAUUUCAGUGACUGCCAGGUAGCAAGGGUCUCUGCCCAGGCUCGGAAUGAGACAGUCGCACGGCGGCUGUGGGACAUCAGCUGUGACCUCCUGGGCAUCCCACUGGACUGACAGGUGGUGGCAGCCAGACCUAAGAGCGGACUACUCAGCACUCCCUCUCAAAGUGACUCUUCUAGGUGGCCAAAAGGGAGCAAAACCUUCCAGCCUUGCGUGCUUGAUGUCUGGUAAAAGCCCAGUACACUGCCAGAUUCAUCUACACACUUUGCAUUUGUCCAGAUUGAUUUUGCUCCUGAUACUGCCAGAAUUACUAGAGAUGUCAUAGGAUAAGAAGACCCUCAUAUGACCUGCACAGCUCAUCUUUUUCCCUCUGAAACCUACUACCUAAAGGAAUUCAAGCUAUGGCAGGGUUGACUCAUAGGAAUUUGGACAGGCUUCUACCUUCUUCAUUCACUAUGUAGUCCCUGCCAACUAACCAAUCUUCACUUCAAGAGAGCCACACUGCAGCCUCAGCUAAACCCCCGGAGUCACAGUGGCUUGGCUCAGGAGCAGGGCUUAUCUCUCACCUUUUGAAGAAAACUGUCACCACACCAAUAUUCAGAGUCUCUCAGGAAACUCUUAACUGAAUAUGGAUUAUGGAGUGGCCUCAUCUCUGACCACCUGGAGCCAAUCCUGUUAAGACACUUUCCCACAUCUAAACUACACAACUGCCUUUUCUAAGAAGGUUGUGGGGUUUGGUUUUAAUUUGAGGGGAGGCGGAAAUAAAGGUGAAGUUUACAAUGUCAUUUUCCUGCUGUUUCUCAGACCAGCAAAGAGAGGAUUAAGGGGACAGUUUGAAAAGACAGGCCACCUAACUUCCAUUACUGACCCGACUCCUUUCUGUGCCUUAGUUUCUCUUAGAAAACCAGAAGAGGGGAAAGGAUAUUUGGUUAUUGUCAUUGAAUAUAUCUUUGUGUUCUUGGGUAACUAUGCAAUUGGGAGUAUUUUCACAAAAUUCAAAAUAGCUGUAGAGGAACAGUAUUAAAGUGGGCCCUAGUACAGGUAAAUGAUCAGAGAUGGAGCAAACCAGUGUCAUUUGGUCUCUGCUGCAAAUGAGUAGAGCUGCAAAGCAAAGCAGACCCUGCAUAUGUUGGUAACUACCUACUAAGAAGCAAAUGGAUAACAGGAAAGAAGUCCAAAAAAAGGAAGAAUCCUGGGAGAUAAUGCAAGCAAUGAAGGGAAUAAUUGAGAAUACGAAACAAAAAAAAAGAAAAAAAACAGCUGUAUAACAAUUGAGAGUGGGCACCUAAGUUAGCAAGACUGAUGAGAUAAAAUUGUCUUAACUCGCACCAGUCAAUGUGGCAGGAAAACAAAACCAAAAAAAACCAGUUCCUAUACAGAAAAAGUAUCGUUGACUACAUUCAAUUUUAGGGCAUUUCCUUACCAUAUCUUGACAAGGUUAAAAUGUUAAAAUGUCAAUUUACUUUAAAAAAAAAUAUAUUUGGAGAACUUUUGUCAAAAGAAAUGCUGCCAAAGGAAGUCAGAGGAAUUGGUAAUGUUCCCAUCACUUGUUUGGAGUAUAAAACUCCAAUAGAAUUUGUGACUUUCUGGGACUAACAAUUUAUAUGUUUAACUUUCAUGGGGAAAAUAGUUACAGGACCACAACCUCCACUUCCUAUUACAGUCAUGCACCACAUAACGUCCAUUCGGAACACAUCUGACUGCAUACAUGUCCAUGUUCCCAUAAGGUUAUAAUAGUUCUGAAAUCCCAAUUGGAGAACGGGACGUAGUGAACAUAACUGGACGCAGCCAAGGCAACAGCUUCCCACACCCAACACAUAUAUCUCAUGUCUCUUGUAUACAAAGCAAUCGCGCUGCCAGGCGUAUAAUGGUGCAGUAAGUACAUAUAUAACCUAUUAUACAGAUGUUUUGAUAGUCAUAAUAAGUGCUUAUGUUACUGGCUUAUGUAUGUACUGCACUAUACUCUCUAUCAUCCCUGGAUUACAAACCAACCCCUGUAAAGCCUAUUAUAUUAAAAAUUUGAGGUACAUACAGUGGUUUGUGAUAACAAACGUGUGUUACUUUGCAACGCACGUCAAAAUAUUACUGUUACUCUAUUAUUAUGUUAAAGAUGUUUUAGUGUAUCUGGAAGUGUUUCUUUAAUGUUUUUUAUCCAUAGAAAGCUACCCUAUAUACUAAGACAAACAUUUGACUAAUCGAUGUUAGAUACGAACCGUACCUAACCAUUCCAACUUAAUGUACAAAUUUGACUUAAAGACAGACUUAGGAACAGAACUCGUUCGUAAUCCAGGGUCUGCCUGUAUAUAAUACAGUGUUCACACAAUGUCAAAAUCACAUAACUUCCUGUUUCACAGACUGUAUUGUGGAUGUUAAGCGACACAUGACUGUAUUUGUAAAUUAAUAAUAUUCGGUUGAAAUUGUUUUGAGACCAUUGAACUACGUAAGUGGAAGAGGUCGUAUUAUGGAAAAGCUAGAAAUCUUUUGUUUUGAUGAUAG